CAUAGUCGGGCUGUCAUUUGUUUUUAAGAUUUCUACUUUGUUUUUAAAUCUGAACGGGGCGUUUUAUUGGGUUUUUAGCUGAAUUGGAAGAUUUGUCACUGUAUAAGGAUUUGGUUCGACUGAACAUCUUUGGAUCGACUCGCUGUCUGCACGAUCUGACUUGAUGAAGUGCCUGAAGACAGAGGAGUUUGUUCGGCGGAUCGCCACCACAGCAGAUGCCACGGCCCUGCACAAUGAGCUGGAGGAGUGUGUAUCGAGGGGAGGCGUGUUGCGUCUACGGGUGGUGUGUGACCGCAUCCUGCACGCCUGUUACCAGCGGCUGGGGGAGAGGCUAGAGGCGGGGCUUGUGCCAGUCCUGCUACGAUUGGUGGAGCUGGCGAUUGACGGCUACGAACAGGAAGGAGAUGGCAGAACAGCAGAACCACUCUACCUGGAGAAGAUGAUGUUUCACAUCUUACAGAGACUGCUGAAGGCAAGGGAAGAUUCAGGACAGCUGGCUCUGUCACUAUUUCACCGCCUCAAGAGGACACAACCACAGGAGAGCGAUUCUGGUGACUACCACACCCUUGUGCAGAGCUGUUUCUCUGUGCUGUGGAAGGCGGCAGCAGCUGUUGAGUCGGGCGACGAGACGAAGACUAAGACAAGCCCUCCCAAUCACACACACGCACCAACACACACACCCACCCUGGCCCUCCGCACGCGUCUGGAAGCCCUACGCUUCCGUCUGCUGCAGGAGAGGUUGUGUGCGUCGGUCAGUGGCGACCCCAGUGGUGGUGACAGUGGUGGUGGUGUGUCUAAAGUGUGUGUGUACGUGAAGGAGAGCUUGACCAAGUACAGGUUGUCGUGCGGAGGUGGCGGAGGCGGCAGCCCUAGCGGCAGGCUCACACACGGCCAGGCUGCAGCCAUGCUGGAUCUGCUGGAGGAGUGUGUGUGGGGGCCACUGUGGGACGGAGAUAGAGAUAGAGAUGGAGAUGGCACGCCGCCACCGAGUGUGUGUGAUGUCACCACCAUGUGUGUGGUCACCGCCCGGGUCUGCAAGAUGCUGAUGGGGGCGGAGCUCUGGGACCUGGCCAACCAGCAGCUAGCUUUGGCCAAGAGGCGUGUCCAGGGGCAGGGGGAGGUGCUGUGUGCUGCUUUAGAGCUCUGUGAUUGGUCCGUUCGGCUGCACCGUCUCUUGCGCUCCUCUGCCGCUGCGGACGCAAAUACAAGCGGAAUCUACUCUGCCUGUGCACUGUUGCUUAGCAAUGUGAGCGUUGCCAUGGACGCGCCCUGCCCUCCGCUGGUGGAGGCCUGUCAGCUGGUCGCCUGGGCAACACAGGAGGCAGAUGCUAACGGGCUACCGGCCGCUACGCUACUCAGCUGCCUGGACUAUCUCAAGCAGUACCGCGCAGCACUGCCCAAGAUGCAGAUGCGUGAGGCCUGUGGUCUUCAGGAGACUCUCUGCCUUACCUUGUGUGAAGCCUUUACCUGCACACACUCCAGUCUAACCAAUUCACAGGCUCUGGAGGGCGAGUGUUUGCAGCAGGUGAUUGGCCAUCUCAGCGGCUCCGUGGCCGAGCUCGUGCAGCAAGCCCAGAAACUGACCAAUGACAGCGCAGCCUACCUCCUCAAAGCAGUGACGACCGUAAAAAGCGUGGUGUUUGAGCUGUGUAACAGGAAAUUGCACGAGGAAGCCCUGUCAUUGGCCAAGCCUCUGUGUGAGCAGCUGGUUAAGUCCCGCCCUCCCUCCCUGCCCCUGGAAAGGGUGAGCCAUUGUUUCCAACAGCAGGUCCACAUCUGCAGGCGUCUGGGUGACCAUCGGGGGGCGCUGCAGGCCGUUUCUGAUUGGCUGCUCUGCCUGAGUCAGGACGAGCUGAAGGAGCUCACACACACUCACACACACACUGGCAGCAGCAGUAGCUCCAACAGCACACACACACACCCCAUCACACUCUGGGCCAAGAUCAAAGCAGAUGCGGCUAAGACCAGGAAGGAGGAAGAGGAGGAGGAGGAGUCUGAAGUGCGGCUGAGGACCCUGCGUGACGUGUUUGCGGACUCUGCUCUGAGUUCCUCUCUGCUGAUUGGUCUGAUGGAGGAGGAGCUGCGAGCCUAUGGGGAGCUGACACAGGACCUCUACCAGGAGAAGUACAACACACUCUGUGACCUGCUGGAGCUGUGUGGAGAAGAGGACGCAGAACACGCACACACACGCGCACACACACUCCUGCAGCUUGCACAGCUCACCUGCUUCCACGACCUGACGCAGCUCACGGAGUGCUCACCUGUAGAUUUUGCCCAUGAGGCUUUGCGAUUGUUGGAGGAGGAGCCUAUCAGCGCAGAGAGAUCUGAUUGGGUGAAAGAUGACACGGCACACGCCUCCCUUUGGCUCUACAUCUGCCAACUGGAGAGCAGCUUACAGGAGGCGAUCGCCACUGAGAAGCGUCUGAGGGAGGAGCAGGAGAGAGGGGGCGUGGCCAACCUGGAGCCCCUUCCCACUAACGACCUCGACCAGGAAGACCGAGACAAGGCCAAGGAGUCUAUAGUGGUGUACGAGAGUCUCAACUUCAACCUCGCACAACACACAAGCCGCUUGGCUGCCCUGGACAAGAGUUUGUCUAUAUGGGUGGAGCUCAUCACAGAUGGGAUGGUGCCUAAAGUCCGAAAUCCCGCCCACACCACUUCCUCUCUUUUCUUAUUGGCUUCCCUCUACACACUCAUGAGCAAGCCUCUGGAGGCGCUGAGGAGCUACCAGCUGGCCCAGCGCCUGGCCCGUUGCCGUGGAGAUGCCCCCGGCUGUGCUAACGCCCUGUGCCACUCCGCACGCCUGCUGCUGGACCUGGGGGAGAGUGACCGAGCACGGGUGCUCCUGGAGCAGGCUGAGGAGUGUGUGAAGGGGGCAGCUCCCUCCAGCAGCAUGACGCUCAUCUCUAUGAAGACCAAGCUACUCAGAUCAACACUGGACUACAGCAGGGGAGAGGUGUUGCGGGGUGUGUGUGGUGUGUGUGAGGUCUUGGUGGAGGUUGAGAAGAGGCACAUCGUCAGCUUCUACCUGCUAAAGGCCCAGGCUCUACAGACCGCCUGCAGAUACCUCAGCCUCGACACACACUCUCUACCCGCCCAGCUGCGCAGCAAGAUCACAGAGCACGGUCUGUUGUCUCCGGACUCUGCUCAGUCGGAGGCCAUGAAGCUGCUGAAGAGCCUGGUGGUCAUGUUGCUAGGAGACGGCUUCUACGGAACCUCCAUCAACAACACUGAUAACACCACACGCGACAACAACGGGGACGGCCUGCUCCUGAAGUACCAGCUGCUGUCGGAGGUGUGUGUGUGUUCGCGGGGGCUGGUGUGUGUGCGCAGCAGGGCCGGGGCCGCCCACGAGGCCAAGCUACAGUGUCUGGAGGCCCUCAGACUCGCCAGCAAACUACAGAGCAUCAACCACUGUGCUGCACUGCUGGUGUGUAAGGCGGAGGUUGAGUACCAGAAGGGGGCCACAGAGGAGAGCGCUCUGGACCUGCAGAGAGUCAAAGACCUGCUGGAGUCAUGCACAGACUCCUCAGGUCAGCGUGAUGGCUCAGAUGUGAAGCUGAAUCCUCGUAAAGGCCUCCUGCAGCCCACCGGACAUCCAGCCCCUCCCACCGACGCCCAGGAGGAGGACAUCAUCGAGGACUUCCUGUCCUCUUGUCCAAUCCCUCGCAUCAUGGUGGAGGGAGUAGGCGUGGCCAACGCCCAGGGCUCCUCCCCUCCGCUGAAGCGCCAAUCUGAUUGGCUGAGGAGUCUGAGCCACGGCGAGGAGUGUGUGUGCCUGGUGUGUUCGGACGUGACACUGGGCGGCGUGUGUGUGAGCUGGGCUCUGGCCUUCGCCGCGCUCUCCACACACACGCAGGCCAAGGCCUCCAAGCCCACACACACCCGCGCGGCCACGCGCCUCUACCGCCUAGCGCUGCGACGCUGCCAGCACCUCUCACACACAAUGCUCACGGGCCUCGGCCACCUCGACAAACACACACACAAACGCGCCAACGCUCACACACACCCGAACGUCCGGCCGGCCAUGGCCAAGGCUCUACUGGGCCUGGCAGAGAGCAUGCUGGGUAAAGACCAUCAGCAGGCCAGCCCCCAGCUGUGGGAGGUCCUGGACAAGGGGUUAAAGGUUGCGACCCCCCGAGGUCACAUGUGGGCAGAGCUACUGGAGCUGAAGGCGGAGCUGCUGGCCCUGAAGGGCGUGGCUUGUUGCCUAGCGAUCGCGGCCAAGCAGGGGGUGCCCCUGGAGGAGCUGUUGUCCGGGCGCUGGGCCUGGAACCCCACGAACCUCCGGACCACCACCAACAACAACAACAACAAGGCCCCACCGAAGACACCCAAGCCCACACGCAAAGUCACCUUUGACCCCAAAACACCAAAGGAGACGCGCAAGGUCACAUUGGACCCGAAAACUCCCAGGGACACCCUCUCCACCACUGCCACCACCCCUGCCGCCUCCAAGCCUCUGAGCUCAGCCUCCAAGGCUCCUGCUGCGGGCUUGUCUGUGUUCAAGACUCCCGUGGCCCCCGCACGUUCACGACCCGCCCCUACCCCUCUCCCUCUCCAAGACCCCUCUUUCAGCGUCUUUGACUUUGCCGUGGACAGUCCCGAGCGCUCACACUCCACCGCCAUCAAAACGCCAGCGCGAUCUUCACGCAAGAACCAGAACGCACAGGCCAAGACACCCAAUGCUGUUGAGCGCACGCCGUCUGCCUCUGCAUUGUCCACGCGCACAUCUGCCGUCAAGCACACACCCGCGGCUACUAAGAGCAGCAGCCGAACCUUCCAGGUCUACCAGGACACAUCCCCCAGUCAGGAAGCUUCUGAUGCCCCCAAGGCCCCACCUGCCCCCCGACGCACCAAACGCUGCCGCUUUAAGAUGGUCUUCAGCGAUGAGAGCAGUUCAGACUCGGAGGAGGCGGCGGCCCCAGCCCCAGUCGCCAUCGAGGCCAAGACUCCUCAGCCAACCAGAAAGCCCCGAGCGCAGAAGGCCCCGGCAACCACCCAGAAGGCCCCGGCAACCACCCAGAAGGCCAGCCGUGGGAAGAGCCAACCCGAUGCGACCUGCCCUGAUGAUGGGGGCGUGUCUUCUUCCGCAAAGUCCCGCCCCCGUAGGGACCGUCCUAAGAAGGGGGCCACGUGUGAAGAGGAGGAUGUGGAGGUGAUCAGGGCAGCCAUAGACGGAGAGGAGGACCUGAAAGCAGACCACAGCCUAGAGAUCAUACACCUGUCUGAUAACGACGACGCAGGUGAUGACUGUGAAAUUUUAAGGCGGGACCUAGCGGCGGAUUCAGGGCGUGGCCAGUUGACUGACAUCAGGAAGGCUGUCGGCCAGACAGCCCUCGCACACACACUCUCUGGAGCAGAUGUGUCUCUGGAUUCUGCGUUGGAGAUGCUGCAUACUUCCUGGUUGCUCCUUCAGCACUUCCCUCCCCCUGCUCUCUUCUCCCGCCUCUCAUCGCUGCUCGCCCAAUCAAACGGCAGCAACCACCCCGUAACUACGGCAACCCAGCACGCAGAGGCCCUGGGCAUCAGCACAAGACAUCAAACCACCAGAUACCUGGCGUCACGCAUGAGGAAGAAGAGGAAGGGGUGUGUGGAGGUUGAGGAGGCGUUGUCAGCUCUGCGUCUGUCUGACUCUCGUGAGGAAGAGGAGGAGGAAGAGGCUCGACAGCUGUUCAGCUUCAACACCGCACCACCAGACAGCUACCCUCACACACACACACACCGCUUCACACAGCAGCUGGAGCACCUGCCACCAGGUGUGACUGUGUGCCUGAUGUCGGUAGUGGAGGUGUGUCCAGGGAUGAUUGACACGCUGCUGCUGACACGUCUGGAGAGAGGCUCCGCCCCUCUGACCAUGCGCAUCCCCACUGCACACACACAGUACUCCAUCAGCAUGUGUGUGUCGGAGCUGGAGAGCAUCCUGGAGCAGCAGAAGCAGCUGAACGGCGUGUGUGAGAAGAGCCAAUGGUGGCACGGCAGGAAGACCCUGGACGCACGCAUGCAGAGGCUGUUGGAGCGUAUGCAGGAGUGUUUGGGGGUGUGGUUAUGCUUGCUCCUCCCCUUAUCUGAUGACCCCGCCCUGUCAGAGGAGCUGCAGACCCUCACUCCUCUCUUCAGCUCCAACACCAUCACCACAACCAUGCUGCAGGCGGUGUUGUCUGCGUCUCCGCUGCUCUCCUCCGCAGAUCUGCAGAGCCUGGUGGAGGGGGUGGGGUUAGAUAAGGAGGUGUGGCCUAAGGUGAUGAGGGCGGCGGCCAGACUGGAGAGCAGGAAGGAACCCCAAGGACACACAGUGCUGAUACUGGACAAGUAUCUCCAGAAGCUGCCUUGGGAGUGUGUGUCCUGCCUCAGCUCCCGCUCAGUCACACGGAUGCCCUCUCUCGCCGCGCUCCUCAGACACGCCCGCCUGCAGAAGAUGGAGCAGGACAGUGUGUUGUCCCGUGGUGUGGACCCUCGGCGUGUGUUUUACGUCCUCAACCCUGAUGGAAACCUACUAGAUACAGAGAAGUGCUUUAAAGACUGGUUUACCAGUGAGAAGAUGUGGGAAGGUGUGUGUGGAUCGGCCCCCACACCAGAACAACUACAGGAAGCUGUGGCAACUAAAGACCUUUACAUUUACGUGGGCCACGGUGCAGGCUCUCGUUUCCUGGAUGCGGGGCGGCUGCUGAAGGGGCGCGUGAGUGCUGCCGCCCUGCUGUUUGGAUGCAGUAGUGCAGGCCUCAGCGUCAACGGCACACAGGAGGGAACCGGCAUCGUACUCAGCUACAUUACCGCAGGAUGUCCUCUUGUCCUAGGCAACCUGUGGGAUGUGACGGAUCGUGACAUCGACCGCUUGACUCUGGCUCUGCUGCGCUCCUGGCUGAAGGGGGAGAGGGGCUCCUCGCUACUCGCACACCUGCCCAACGCACGCACACAGACACGCCUCACACACAUGAUAGGCGCUGCACCCGUCGCAUACGGCCUGCCUGUACACCUCAAGUAACACACUCACACUCGCACACACACACACACACACAUGAUCGGAGCCGCACCCGUCGCAUAAGGCCUGCCAGUACAUCUAAAGUAACACACACACACACACACGAUCAGGGCUGCACCCGUCGCAUACGGCCUGCCAGUAGGGCCUACACCUGAUAUAACACACACACAAACACACGCCUCACAGACAUGAUCGGAGCCGCACCCGUUGCAUACGGUCUGCCAGUACACUUGUUGAAAAAACACACAAACACGCCUCAUACACAUGAUGGGGGCCGCACCCAUCGCAUAGGGCCUGCCAGUAUACCUGAAAUUGCAUGUGUGCGCGCACACACACACACACACACACACACACACACACACACACACACACACACACACACACACACACCCCAGCUGUUGGUUAUAGCCAGCCUGUACAUCCCUGUACAAUACUGCACCAAAUGAAAUGUAAUAUCCAAUUCAUGUGUCAUUUUAAAAUUCUGAUGUAUUUAUUUUUUAUGAUCGUUUUAAAUUUGUUUUUGUAAAGUUAAUUGUUGCUAACAUUGCUUUUACAAUAAACAUCAAAUCUUUUAAACCUC